ACGUGGCAAGUUCCAGUGGUUACACCGGUAGAGCGGAUGUAACUGCCUUUCGAAAGACAGAAGGAUUUGGGUUUCCACUGUGAAAUGUCCGACAUUUCCGGUCCCUUGAAGUCGAAUAAACUACUUCAGGUAUGACGGCUAAGCCACCCGGAUUGACUUUGCGCUUGAAAGCCGAAGACGCGGCGAAGAAAGCCAAGGCGACUCGCGCCAAUGCCGUCAUAUUUGGCAUUCCCGUCGCUAUCGUCUUGCUUGCCAUUUGGUUGAGCUCGCUGUCCGUCGAUUCUGGCUCGUUGCUAUCAGAUUGGACACGCCGUUGGGUGGACGACCUGGCGGCGACUCUCAUCCCAUCGCAGAAUGCCGGGUGGCUGCCCGACGUCGCCGACCAAAAGCAGCGCGGCGACAUCCUCGUGGAGGCCAACCACUUGCAACCAGCCCUCGUGUAUUACCACAACGCCCUCAAACUCGCCGCCCAGCACGACCACAACAAAGCCGCGACCCCCGACGAAUCGAAGCGCAUGCGGUCACACCUGGCCAACAGCAUGGCCAUGACGUACGUCAAGCUGGGCAACGACACCCAGGCUGCGACAUGGUACAAGCACGGGCUCGAUGUCGACGACAACAACGCCGAGCUGCACUACAACUACGCCAACCUAUGUGUUCGACAGGAGAAGUGGGUGCCAGCGGAAGCGCACUACCGCAAAGUCCUCGCGUUAAAGCCGCUGAAUCCCCCAGCGAUGCUAUCGCUGGCGUACGUGCUACAACAAGAAGGCGCCUUGGACGAAGCCCGCACGCUGCUCCUCGAAGCUUGGGACCUCGACAACACGGACGCGGACAUCGCGGCACAGCUCGGAUACCAGUACAUGGCCGAAACCGACGUUUCGAACGCCCUGGAAUGGCUCAACACGGCCGCUGACAUGGGUCACGAAGAAGCGGCGCUUCAGCGGAACGAACUCCUCUCUGCGUGGAUGCGGACGCAGGAACAAAUGACGGCCGGUGCCACGCAGGGAUCUCACGAUGGAGACACGAUGACGCUUGAGGAACCUGUACUUUAAGCCAUCGUUAGAUCGAAAAACUCCAAGACAUGAACCGCACAUUGUAUUUGACCAGUCGAUUAAGAACAUUCAUCUCCAACUCGGCAGUGGUCGGCCCUGUCCCGUCACUGCCUUUCCCCUGCGCAUUUGUCUUCUCUGUUCCCUCGUAUCUGCCUGGAAUGGAGCCAUCAUCUAGCGAAAUCCUGUAACCUGUUUCCUGGAUCAUAUACAACGUUCGUUGGUGGCCGGCCGCGCUGACUACUCGAGGGCACCUGUGGGGUUGAAG